GAUCCCAAGAAGAAGAAGAAACAAAGGCAAAGUAGCCCGGAGAGAAAGGCUGCAGAGGAUCCCAAGAAGAAGAAGAAGCAAAGGCAAAAUAGCCCGCAGAGAAAGACUGAAGGGGAUCCCAAGAAGAAGAAGAAGCAAAGGCAAAGUAGCCCGGAGAGAAAGGCUGCAGAGGAUCCCAAGGAGAAGAAGAAGCAAAGGCAAAGUAGUCAGGAGAGUAAAGCUACAGAGGAUCCCAGGAAGACGAAGAAGAAGAAGCAAAGGCAAAGAUCCCAAGAAGAAGAAGAGCAAAAGCAAAGUAGUCCGGAGAGAAAGGCGGCAGAGGAUCGCAAGAAGAAGAAGAAGCAAAGGCAAAAAAACGCGGAGAGAAAAGCUGCCGAAGAUCCCAAGAAGAAGAAGCAAAGGCAAAAGAGCCCGGAGAGAAAGAUUGCAGAGGACCCCAAGAAGAAGAAGAAGCAAAGGCAAAAUAGCCCGGAGAGAAAGGCUGCAGAGGAUCCCAAGAAGAAGAAGCAAAGGCAAAGUAGCCCGGAGAGAAAGGCUGCAGAGGAUCUCAAGAAGAAGAAGAAGCAAACGCAAAGUAGCCCGGAGAGAAAGGCUGCAGAGGAUCCCAAGAAGAAGAAGAAGCAAAGGCAAAAUAGCCCGGAGAGAAAGGCUGCAGAGGAUCCCAAGAAGAAGAAGAAGCAAAGGCAAAAUAACCCGGAGAGAAAGGCUGCAGAGGAUCCCAAGAAGAAGAAGAAGCAAAGGCAAAGUAGCCCGGAAC